CAGAUUGGGCAGGGCGGUACGUGGAUGGGACUUGGCGUUGAUGUCUUGGAACAUCAAACACAGACAGGGUUUUCGCGGAGGUUGCUCUCCAGAUAUCUCCACAAUCACAGGUCGGGGAUCUUCCAAAAUCAAAAAGAUUGGCGCAUAGGGCUAGGUCUCUUCACCUUACAAUUUGUAUGGCAAUUUGACCCGGGGUUGUGGUGUGGUAGGGGUGGACGCGGGAAUAUCCCACGCGGGGGCUUCAAACCACGUUUGGUUGAAUAACUCCACCACCAGACGGGGUAUGCGGCGGUCGGCGUUGGGGUCAAAAUGCUUGUAUGAUCGAGUGCUCUUCGAUAGAUCUAUCGGCGGGUUCUUAUUCGAAAAAUUGAGCGAGUUCGUGGUGGGGCGGUUUUUGCUCGAUCUGGACAGCAGCAGAUCUGCUGAGCUCAGAAACUGAGUGAGUUCUAGUUCAAGAUAGAGUAUUUAUAACAAUUAUGUUAGCACCUUGGGUGGGAAACCAAGGUGUGCAGGUUUGAAACCCGCAGGGAAUACAUUAAAUUCAGAACUCAAGCACCUCAGGUUCCUAAUAAAUAAAGAGGUGUACAAAUCACUACAAUUAAUCACUCUAUGUUCCUGGGCUGGGAAGUUAUUAUUGCAUGUAUCUAGUUGCCACUCAUUCGUAUUUUCUAUUGUUCUUGUUAUCUUGGUGUGGUCUCAACACCUGUAUUUCCUCCUGUAUAGCCAACUCUUGGCCUGUAUUUAACAUCACACAAGAACUCAUAAUAAGCUCUGCUUGCAUAUGAGUAUAAUGGAAUAAUAAUAAUAAUAAUAAUAAAUCUGUCAAGAUUUGUGACAACUGUCUAGCUGUUUAUUUGAGCGCAAUCUUUUUCCCGAAAAUAAAGCUGCUUACAUAAUCGUAUUCUAGGGCACACCAAAAUAGGCGAGGCUCAAAUUUUGGUAUUUUCGGCAAUUCCAACACCAAGAGAUCACCAACUUUCAACCUCACACCGAAGAACCUCCUGUUUUCUACACCCACCUCUUUGAGGAUAAUCCGACAUUGGAAACGAUCCCCAUCGAUAUUCCUAUAAUUGAAAAUGUCGGACGGAGAAGAGACCGCUUCCAACCCGCCCGUCGGCGCUGCCGAUGAGGUCGAGGUUUCCGCCGAUGCUACCGCUGGCAGCCCCAUGUCCGUCCUGGACGCUCUCAAGGGUGUUCUCAAGAUCGCUCUGAUCCACGACGGUCUUGCCCGUGGCUUGCGCGAAGCCUCCAAGGCGCUCGACCGCCGCCAGGCGCACAUGUGCGUGCUCAACGAGGGCUGCGAGGAAGACGCUUACAAGAAGCUCGUCAUUGCACUCUGCCAGGAGCAUAAGAUUCCGCUCAUCAAGGUUCCUGAUGGAAAGAUGUUGGGCGAGUGGGUUGGACUUUGCGUUCUUGACCGCGAAGGCAAUCCUCGCAAGGUCGUUAACUGUUCUUGCGUUGUCCUCCGCGACUGGGGUGAAGAGUCCCAGGAGCGCUCCGUCCUCCUCAACUACUUCCAGACCGAACAAUAGACCACUCAACCACACACCCGAGGUAAAUAACUGGGUGGAUAGGAGGUUAAUGGAAUAGAAAAACAAAUUUAAGAAGCCAUGUAUAUGUGCGAGUUAUGGACGUGCUUGGUGGUGGACAAAUAUCUAUGAUUAAUGAAAGGACGAAACUUCUGGCUUGAUUUAAGAGCUAGGACCAUGCUCAACUUGUAAUUGAGGCGAAAUUAGACAGGACUUUUGGGGACAUAGGUGCUCUCCAUUUUAGAGUACCGAUCAAUAUUAACUCGCAUGACACAUUACUUGGUCUAUCUAAAUAUUCGCCCCUGGUUCAUUCUAGUCCACUUGGAUUAAGAUGGUAACAACUUACUAUCUUAGUAUUGAGUAAGAAGAUGGCACCAUUUGAAAGAAAUAUUGGACCACUUUCAUUCAUGCGUUCAGUUAUUUCAAAGGCAAAAUUGGGCCAAUGUGAUCGAUAUCCUGGCUUAAAAGAUAUCGAUCUCGCAUACCAAAUGCCAUUUAUGAACAGGUGCACGAAUACACAUAACAUAAUAGAGAUAAUGAUGAAUGCCGCUCUCAGCAAAUGAAAUGCAGUGGGGUGUAGCGGCGUCUAUGGCGUCAAUGGCUAGAAAAAGGAGGGAAAUCUCCCUCUCCCCCAGUUCUUCACAUUAGAUAGAAACAAAGCGGAAAAGAACAAACAGGACAUAACAGGAGACGUAGCUGUAUAGUGACUGCAUAAGUUUGAGUGGCGCUGGACGCAUAAUGGUAUAAAUUUCAAAAGAUAGACACAGAUGGGAAAAGAAACAGUCAAAAUAAAGGAAGGGUAUAAGUUGACUUUCCCCAAUCCCCUGUGAUAUCCAGCAUUCAUCGACGCCAAUGAGAUAAUGAUGAGGGAAUAAAAAAAUAAAAAUAAAAAUAAGGGGACAUGAUAUUGGUAGCGACAUCCGUGCACGUACACUCCGCAUGAGAUUGGACGGGAUACCGUGAAGCAGAUAAAACCUAAUGCAAACCCGAAACUAGGAGAUAUAUAUUACAUUAUAUACCCAAUCAUCAAAGCGCAAGGCUAACGUUCACUGGAGGUCGGAUUUGCGUAAUGCUUGGUGCCAGAGGACAAAAUUAUAGAAGGAGACUGGUGUGUGUAUUUAUCCAACCGGUUAAUCGAAGUACAUUGAUCAGUGGAUGAAUCAAUUAAACAGUCAAUCAAUGACAGUAGCUCAGCGGAAAUCAUAGGCAGGAAAAACCAUCUUCUCUCUCAUUUGUGGAGUUAGAGAGAGGUGCUGAUAUGGUGAACUGCCAGGGUCAUAGUACAUGCCCUCGAUAUGACCGUCCUCGCGACGAAUGGAGAUAUAAUAGAAGCCGGAUAUUGUGAGUCCUUGACGGGAAUGUGACGGGGUAAUAAAGCAUCGUUCUAGCGGUGUAGGUGGGCUAAGCAUAUCAUUAUAAUACCAAGGAUGACGUUGUCGGGAAUAAGACCAACCUUUCCAGCGCAUUAAGAUCCACCCCUUCGCAAGCCGCUCUGUCACCCAUUUCUUGCUCACAAGGUUUCUCGCAGUUUCGGUGUAAGACAGGGCUUUGAACGGCUCGAGCUCGC